AUGAGAAUUUUAGGAUUGCUUGCAUUAGUCUUAAUUGUUGGAUCAUAUAUAUAUUAUUGUUCAUGGUUAUUACUUAAAGUAAAAAUUUUUCAUAUAUAAGCCUUUUCUACCUGAAGAUCAUUAUUCAUACUACUAUUUUCCAGAUUAGAAAUAUGUUUAUUAUUUGCCUUCUUUAUUUUUACUUUUAAUUUUAGCGACGGUAAUGUCUACAUUGGGAUACAUUCUUAUUAAUUCUGAAGCCUUUAGUAAACCUUAAGUGCCACCUUGGGUUAAAUAUGGUUAUCAAGGACCAAAAAUUCCAAAUUUAUGA